GCCAGGCGGUGCGAACGUCUGACCGGCUGGCGUCCAGCCAGCGACCGUCUAGGCUGAAAUUGAGAUGUUCCAUCUAGCAGCCGGUCAUCGAGCUGUCGUCAGCCAGUAAAUAAGUGUGUCUCAGUUGCACUAGGCGGCACUGAUAUUUGAUCGAGAUCUUGUUGUCCCAGCGUAUCGAUCACAUGUGUCGUGCCCUUUGUGUAUAAUACUUAACCAUCAGUCUACCGUUUGCUUUUGCUCGCACUUUAGCUUAGAUGAAAUUGCAAAAUGAAUCCGGACAUGUUUCAAGAUGCCUUUGGCCAUUCACCUACGGUACGCGUCUUCUGUCCAGGAUAUUUGAAUCUUAUCGGUGAACAUAUCGUGGAUCAUGGGUACGGGACCAUCUCAAUUGCAACAGAUAUCGGCACCGAAAUACUGAUAGCACCAAAUGGAAGAAGCGACAUUCACAUCCGCAAUACUGACGAAGAGUACAGAGAACACAUCUUGGAGUCUCCUGCAGAAUGGAAGGGCACAUCGAGUCCUAAGUGGUACGAGUAUGUUCUUGCCGGAUGGAAAAGCGUCGUGGAUAAAUUGAAAAUUAGUGCUGCUGGCUUGGAUAUUUUGAUGGAAGGCUGGAUUCCUUCUUCGGUUGGACUGUCAAGUAGUUCUGCCAUCGUCUGUGCAGCUGUCCUUGCCUCAUGGGCGGUCUAUACCGGAAAUGGUUUUGAGGGAUUGUCAAGAGACGAACUGACCGAUAUGUGCAUAAAGGGAGAAAAUUAUGUUGGCAACUGCGGUGAAAGACUUGUUCAUCUGACACAGAUCCUUGCCCGAGAUGACAUGGGCGUUCGUUUUGACUCUUUUCCACUGAUCUCGCAUCAAGUAACUAUACCUCCUAUUGCUGUGUUUGAGGUGUUGCAUAGCGGUGUAAAGUCACAAAAGGUGUACCACACAAGAGAACUGCGUUUUACCGAAGGAAAGAUUGCUGCAAAGUUACUUUUGAAGAUGGCUGGAAAUGACUCUGCAUGCGUACGUCUCAGAGAUGCCCAGGAAGCUCUGGGUAAACGGCUGGAGGAGAUGCUGGCAUCGUGCGAAAACUUGCCGGAGACUAUCACUCGGGAAGAACUGGAAAAAUUGUUAGGUGCUGAUCAACUUGCAGAAUGCCUUUCGGAAGAGACAAGCAAUGUCGACGAGUUUAAAAUCCGUUCCACCGCUAGUUAUGUUUUUACUGAGGCACAGCGGGUGAAUAGAUUUGAGCGAGCUUGUGAAAGAGGCGAUCUCUUUGCAAUGGGAGCGAUUUUCAACGAAAGCCAUGAAGCUUUUAAUCGGGAUUUUGAGCGUUGCGAUAACGAUAUCGACAAAUUGGUAACACGCUGUCGAAUGUCACAUUCCUACGGUGCUCACAUAAGUGGUUGGAGCGGUAUGGUAGUAGCACUAAUCGACGACAUCCGUCCCGUAUACCUUGGUGAUAAAUUGGUUUACCAUGCUUUUGCAUCAUCGGGAGCUGCUAUAGAAUUUCUGUAGCUCAUGAAGUUCUUGUCGUGUAAAUACUGUACAGUUAUUUUGUGUCUUCGUUUGCUCGGAGUCAAUUUCGUGCAAUGUGAUUCGCGUUCGUUCUUUCUAUUUUUGCAAUUUAUUUUACUGAAUCAUGAAUAAACUUUCCACGGC